AGUUCUACUGUCCACCAGUUGUAGGUGCGCUUCAGCGCAGAAUGUACCGUAGACGCCAUCUUGGGGAGAUCCCGGAGCUGGUGACAACUAUAUGAAGCUCAUCAAAAUGAGAUUAUUAAACUUAUAAUAAAACAUUUUCUUUUUUGUUUUGUUUGGGACUGCACCGGAGAAUAGGUGUUUUGUUCUACGGUGGCUUAUUUGCGUGCGAAGACUCAACCGUGGCUGAAGUCAAGCCUGCCUGUAACGUUGGUUAGAUGGCCGGCUAGCUAGCUACGCUAGCUAUCUAUGCCAGCUGGUCUGUGCGCCGCUCCGGACUGAUCCGUGGCCUGCAGCAGAGAAAGGGUGGUGACGGCGCAAAAUGCAAUCCCGUUUAUUUUCUUCAGAAACCCUCUAUUUCUCCAGGAAAUUGCUGUUGGGACAACUUGCAUAUCCGAAAAUGCACUUAUAGAUAGCCAAGUACCUGUCAUCUUCAAUUUUGCUGUCCAUUUCGUGUACCUACAGAUUAGCUGGCUAGCCUGCUAGCUUCCGUGCUGUCUGCGUUGCCUAAUAUUCACUUGAAGAGACAUGUCAUCCAAUUGUACAAGCACAGGGCCGGUGAGCGCCAGCAAAACGAAGACGAAAAAGAAACAUUUUAUUGGACAGAAAGUAAAACUGUUUCGUGCAAGCGAGCCUAUUCUCAGCGUUCUAAUGUGGGGUGUCAACCAUACGAUCAACGAGCUGAGUAACGUGCCUGUCCCAGUCAUGCUAAUGCCUGACGAUUUUAAAGCCUACAGUAAGAUCAAAGUGGACAACCAUCUAUUUAACAAGGAAAACCUGCCUAGCCGCUUCAAGUUCAAGGAAUACUGCCCCAUGGUGUUCCGUAACCUGAGGGAACGCUUCGGCAUCGAUGACCAAGACUACCAGAACUCGUUGACGAGGAGUGCUCCCCUCAACAGCGACUCACAGGGCCGCUUCGGAAACCGCUUCCUGUCCACGUACGACCGCCACUUUGUCAUCAAGACUGUCUCCAGCGAGGACAUUGCCGAGAUGCACAACAUACUUAAGAAGUACCACCAGUUUAUCGUGGAGUGCCACGGCAGCACGCUGCUCCCACAGUUCUUAGGGAUGUACCGGCUAACGGUCGACGGCGUCGAGACGUACAUGGUGGUGACACGCAACGUCUUUAGCCACCGGCUCACCGUGCAUCGCAAAUACGACCUGAAGGGGUCUACAGUGUCCAGGGAAGCCAGCGACAAGGAAAAAGCAAAGGACCUUCCAACUUUCAAAGACAACGACUUUCUGAACGAAGGCCAGAAGCUCCAGAUUGGAGAUGACAACAAGAAGUUAUUCCUAGACAAGUUAAAACGUGACGUAGAGUUCCUAGCCACGUUGAAGAUCAUGGACUACAGCCUGCUGGUGGGCAUCCAUGAUGUGGACCGGGCCGAGCAGGAGGAGAUGGACGUGGAGGGCACUGGUGACGACGAUGACUACGAUGCCGACGGCGGGCCCAUGACCGGCUCGUUCGGCACCCCGCCCGACAGCCCCGGCAACCUGCUCAACUUUGCCGGCUUCUUCGGGCCCGGCGAGUUCGACCCGUCAGUGGACGUGUACGCCAUCAGGAGUCACGAUGGUGAGCAGAGAAUAGGGGACAGGCGGGCUGCAGGUGUCGUGAAGAAAGAAGUGUACUUCAUGGCCAUCAUUGACAUCCUCACCCACUAUGAUGCGAAGAAGAAAGCUGCACAUGCUGCCAAAACUGUGAAACAUGGGGCUGGCGCUGAGAUCUCCACCGUGAACCCGGAACAGUACUCCAAACGGUUCUACGAGUUCAUGUCCAACAUCCUCUCCUAAGACGUCCUUCCUUCCCUCCAACACUACACCCACCCACCCACAGACCUGCAGUUGACUUACUUACAGUACUUUUGUAGACCUCCACUCUCUCUCUCUCACUCUCUCUCUCUAUCCCUCUCUCUCUAUCCCUCUCUCUUCUCCCCUUCUCUGUGUCUUUCUCUCUCUAUCCCUCUCUCUUCUCCCUUUCUCUGUGUCUUUCUCUCUCUCUCUCUCUCUCUGUAUCUCUGCUCUGUGUUUAUACAUCUCUGCGUCUUUCUCUCGCAUCUCGCCCCCGAACCCCGUUCAUUUCGGUCUCCUAGAGGCAUAUAGCACAUAGACACAGGAGCAAGGCUGUUACCGCCACAACCCCCACCCCUUCUUGAAAACACCACAAGGGAAAACCGGUGAGGGUUAGUUGACCGCUGGACUGACUCUUAAUAGCAAAGCUUCAACUCCACCCCACCUCACCGCAAAAAAGCCGAGACUGUCGUACUUUCACCCAGCGACUCUGCAACCUCUUUGUCAGGUACAAGGGAUGGAUGGGAAACUGUGCAGAAUGACAUUUGAAGAAAAGAAAAGAAAAAACAAGAAAAAAAAAAAAACAAGUGACUCCAUUGCCCCUGCCCUAUCUCCCACACAACAUGCCCUCCUCCUCUCUUUCCUUGUCUCCAGACAUGUUUUACUUUUGACGCCAGCACCUUCUCACUAAUGCCUUGAAAGUGUGUCUCGGCUUCAAGAAUCCUGUUAUUAUCAGCGACCCUUCUUUCUUUCUUUUUUGGUGUCUGUCCAUGCGCUCAUUUAUAUUUUAUUUUUGUUUUGGAUGUUUUUUUUUGUUUUCUUAAAUAAAAUACCCCAACACUCUUAAAAUAGCACUCUGAGGACAAAAAAAGGAAGAUGCAGCACACGAGAAGAGACAGGUCAAAUCUUGUGACCGUUUGCCGCAAAAAACAUACUUGCAGUGGAACAACAGUGGUAUACACCCCUACUCGAGCCUCGAGUUCAAAUGGAGGAAAACCCAAAGGUGAACUUGAAAAUGUGCAAGGGAAAAAUCAUUGAAUUGCAGUGGCAAAAAUGCAUGUCUGUCAAACAGAGCCGACAUCUCAUGUCUCCGUCAUCACCAACACCAAAACCACUAAUCUCAUUUAAUGGACGUAAGUGUUUGAAUGUUAUGUUGCCAUAUUUGUUUGAAGUCAAUUGUGUUUGUCAACUUGAUGGAGGUCGGUUAACAAAAAUGGAUUAAGAAACUACAUCAGAAAAAAAAAGGAAUUCGAAAAGCAAAUAUACCAGUUUUAUUACCAUGAGAAUCAUUUUUAUAUCUUGUUUACAUUAAUGUAGCAUUUUUGUGUUUGUAUACAGUAUUGUUUUGUUACCAACAUACGUUAGAAAAGGAAGUUACUUGAAAACUGAUCCAGUGCAUAUUAAAGGGAGUUUUAUUCUUUUUUUUUCUUUUUUUUUUUCACGUUUGUUUUAUAAAGAGUUGGUUUUACUGAAAUUGUUGGUAACUAGACAAAUGAUGUUGUGAUAUGUUGCCUAAAGAGGAAAAAAAAACUGUCAGUGUGAAGCUCGAGGAAAGGGUGUGUCAGAAAUUGAAGUUGUCUUAAAAACUCCUAACUAAUGAUUAAUAUGCCAGCACUAGAAAUGGACUCACCAUCAACUCUCCAAACCCACACAAGAGAUCUCAGUAAAUGGUGAAUUCUGAGCAAA